AUGCCAAAUAAACAUUUGAGUAUAGCGGAAAAAGACCCAGCAUUAGCUCAAUCAAGGGAUUUUCUGGAUCUGGAAGAACCUCCAGCUGCAAAAGAGACUCCAAGUGGAUCACAAGUCUGUUUGAUCGAUUAUGAUCGUGCGAGACCUGCAAAUGCACAGUAUAACAACAACUAUACGCACCAAUACCAGCCCGGUUUAAUGCAAGCUCCUUUAGUCGAGGAAGGUCCGACUUCACGGCCCAACGUUGGUGGAAUGCCCAGAAGACGUUCCACCAACUAUAUCGACGCAUUACACAACAAAGCGAAGAGCGAAAGUACUAUGAAUAACGAUCUACAACAAUCAUUAAGGGAAACCACAAAUACAAAUUCAAAGAGCACACCUGUUUUCAAACCUUCUUACACAACAGGCACUGAAGCUGUACCAAUGACGCAGGAUACCGCUGGUCCGGAUGAUCCAGCUCGCCCAGAUUAUUAUCGAAGUUCGUUUUCGUCUAGAGGAGGAGGGAGACCUGAAUUAGGCCGUAAGAAAUCUUCCUUUGAAUAUGAAGAUUUCAAGAAAGACGUGUACGACAGAUUGAACAUGUUCGACAAGACAUAA